AUGUUGUUAACGGGGUCCCCUCGUCUAGAAGGCCGGUCGCUUUCGCGGCUGAUUAGUCUUAGAUGCUCAGUUGCGUUUGUGCUUUUCGGAUAUGAACAAGGUGUAAUGGGUGGCGUCGAUACUGGGGUCGCAUUUACCCAGCAGUUUCCCUCCAUCGACACCACAACAGGAAGCAGCAGCUCUACCCUGCUAGGUUUAGUAGUAGCCAUUUAUAACAUCGGAUGUUGGGCGGGAUCACUAUUGACCAUGCUCAUUGGCGAGUCUCUCGGUCGCAAAUGGUCUAUUGUACUCGGUGCUGCAAUUCUUGCCAUUGGCACAGCUAUCCAGUGUUCAUCGUAUCAUAUACCACAGCUUAUUGUAGGCAGAAUCAUCACUGGGACUGGCAAUGGGAUUAUCACAUCAACAAUCCCUGUUUGGCAUGCGGAGUUGGUUCAAGCAAAAGCACGCGGGAAAUUUAUCACAGUAGAACUCUCAACGAACGUUUCGCGCUCGCUUAUUGGGUUUGUUAUGGAUUCGGCUAUGUUGAAAAUGAAGCGCAGUGGCGAUUCCCUAUCGAGAGUCCACGGUGGUUGUUGUCACGCGAUCGCAUCGAAGAAGCAAUGGAGGUUCUUAAGAGACUACACAGUCACGAAGGGAUCAACGUGGCAGAGCGAGAAAGGCUUGAAAUUACCACCGCGAUUUCUCAAGAAAGGCUCGCACAGGAAAGUUCCGGUGGAAAAGAUUAGUAUCCAAGCUAAGAAAGUUUCUAGUGCUCUUCGAAUGGUGUUUACCGACGGUGAGCAGCGCAUUUUUCAUAGAACAAUGCUUGGUGUUGUUGUUAUGAUCAUGCAACACUCACUGGAAUCAAUUUAA